GCUUCGUUGUUGCUCCGUGCGUUCCUCCGCAGGAUGUUUGGGACUAGUUAUCUGGGUUCCAAGCUGGCCCCCUACAAGUAUCAUGGCGUGCAGCAGCAGCAGCAGCAGCAGCAGCAGCGGGGGCCACUUCCACUUCUCUGCGCCCCGUCUUGCUGCUACCAGCAGCAGCUUGUCUUGCAACCUUCAACACCAACACAGCAGCAGCCAGUCUUUGUUCCAGGAGCAGCAGAGAAGCCAGGCUUUGUUGUUGAUUUCCUCAUGGGUGGGGUCUCGGCAGCUGUUUCCAAGACUGCAGCAGCCCCCAUCGAGCGUGUCAAGCUUCUGAUCCAGAACCAGGACGAGAUGAUCCGCAUGGGACGGCUGUCUGAGCCUUACAAGGGCAUUCUUGACUGCUUUGGUAGGACCAUGAGAGAUGAAGGGGCUAUGUCGCUGUGGAGAGGCAACCUGGCCAAUGUUAUCCGCUACUUCCCUACUCAGGCGCUAAACUUCGCCUUCAAGGACCACUUCAAGAGGCUCUUCAACUUUAAGGCCGACCGGGACGGCUACUGGGUGUGGUUUGCUGGAAACCUGGCGUCGGGAGGCCUUGCCGGUGCCUCCUCGCUCUUCUUUGUCUACUCGCUGGAUUAUGCCCGGACCCGCCUGGCCAACGACGCCAAGGCUGCAAAGAAGGGUGGUGGCGGUGGCGGUGGCGGUGGCCGCCAGUUCAAUGGCCUCCUGGACGUGUACAAGAAGACCCUGGCCAGCGAUGGCAUUGCCGGCCUUUACCGCGGCUUCAACAUUUCGUGCGUGGGUAUUGUUGUGUACCGGGGCCUCUAUUUUGGAAUGUACGACUCCCUCAAGCCGGUGUUGUUGGUUGGAGACCUCAAGGGCAACUUUGCUGCGAGUUUCUUCUUGGGCUGGAGCAUCACCAUUGCUGCUGGCCUUGCCUCGUACCCGAUUGACACGGUGAGGCGGCGUAUGAUGAUGAGGUCUGGCGAGGGUGCCAAGUACAAGAGCUCAAUGCACGCACUGAGGGAAAUUAUGGCCAAGGAAGGAGUCAAGUCCUUGUUUAAGGGUGCAGGCGCUAACAUCUUGAGAGCCGUGGCUGGAGCUGGAGUGUUGUCUGGCUAUGACCAAUUGCAAAUGAUCUUCCUGGGAAAGAGUUAUGGCUCUGGUGGGGGUGGCUGACAAGCUAACAAGCUGGAUGCAGAUCUUGUUUUGUUCAUGCUACUGCAUUUAAUGCUUUAAAGAUCAUAAAAGGUUUUCUAAUCCA